GUUUGCGGCACCACGGCCUUAAGCGCGGCAGCCAAACAAGGCCAUGCAAACAUGGCAAAGCUACUGCUGGAAUCAGAGGCGCAGGUCGACUCUACUGAUUGCUCGGGAGACACACCCCUCAUCUAUGCCUGUUGUGACGGCUACUUCGAGGUGGCGCGUUUGUUGCUGGAGGCUGGUGCCCAGAUGGACCUGGUCACCGAAAAAGGUGAUACCCCUCUCAUCCGGGCAUGUAAGCGUAACCAAGUCGACGUGGUGAGCCUCUUGCUCGAAGCUAAGUCGGACAUCGAGAAGUCGGGGCCAAGUAUGCAGACCCCUCUGAUCGCUGCUUCUUGCACCGGCUACAAGAUGCUGGUGCACCUGCUUUUGGAGCAGAGGGCUGACAAGAAUGCAACCGAUGCAUGGGGAGAGAGUGCGUAUUUGAUGGCUUGCCGCAACCAGCACAUGGAAGUGGCCGAGCUUCUCUGGGGCGGUGGGCCCGAAGAUACGGCUGCCACUCCGGUCCCAAACAAGAGGCACGAGAACCCAUGCGGCGUGGACGGCUCAUUGUGC